AUGUCAGCCACCGUGUCACAAUUUGAAGGAUCUACUUCUGCCAUCAUAUUAGGAUGUACUGUUGCAGUGGUAUCAUCUGCUAUACAAUCAUUAGGUAUCACCCUUCAAAGGAAAUCACAUUUAAUGACACAUUCUAAUCUACCAAAUCAUCAUCAUCAUCAAAAAUAUAAAAGAAACAUGUGGUUGUUUGGAUUCUGUCUAUUUAUAGUUGCCAAUAUUUUUGGAUCUUUAAUUCAAAUUACGACCCUUCCUCUCAUUAUAUUAUCACCAUUACAGAGUAUUGGACUUAUUUUCAACUCUAUAUUGAGUUGUCUCUUAUUACCAGGUGAAAAAUUUACCCAGAAAUUAGGAUGGGGGACCAUUAUCAUAUCUAUUGGUGCAUUUAUAAUUGCAUAUCAAGGAGGUGUUGAACCAAAUGAAUCUCCAGAUCGUGAAAAUUUUGAUAAAGUUCUUUCACAAUUACUUCGAAAAUCAUUUAUAUGUUGGUUUAUUGCAACAUUUUUAUUGAUUGGAAUUUUAUUACUUGUUAAUUAUUUCAUAUCUAAAAGAAGAAUGUUUUUAAAGCAAAAGAGAGAUUUUUCUACUCAAUUAAAUCUGAGUAGAAUGAAUUUAAAAUAUCAAAGAAUUUUGAAUAGAUAUCAGUUUUUAAAGGGAGUUAAUUAUGGAAUCAUUUCCGGUACUCUUACUGCUCACACAUUUCUUUUUGCAAAAUCAUUAAUUGAUGUUAUCAUUGCUGCCAUAUUAGAUUCUCAACAUAAAUCACUUCAUAAAUUAUUUACUACAGCAAAUCUUACUCCAUAUCUACUCCUUGUGAUUAUGUUGAUGAUUAUUUGUUGUCAAUUAACCGCUUUUAAUUUAGGAUUAUCCCAAAUCCUGACGGGGAUAUUAUAUCCCUUAUGCUUUUUGGUAUACAAUCUUAUGAAUUUAAUUAAUGAUUUGACUUUCAACUCUUUAAUCUCAGAUGGGAAAAUGAGUCUAAGUCAAUUAGGUUGGGUUAUUAUUGGAUUAAGUGGUGUUUUAUUUGGAGUGGUUUUGAUUAGUUGGGAUAGUGCAUUUGGAAAAGAUACAAUGUCAGGAAAAUUGCAAUUUCAAUCUAAUUCUGAUGAAAUAUUAUUACAUCUGAAAUUCCCUUAUACAAACAAUAAUGAAACAAUUUUAACGACGACAGAUCAACCUUAUUGUGAUGAACCAAUCCCGAUCAAUGCAUCUGCUUCUGUUAGUCUCGAAACAAUGAAUGAUUCAACCAUUCCUGAACUGCCAAGCUCACUUUGUGGAUCUCCAGAGAGCAGGACCUCUUUGGAUAUAAAUAAAUCUAGAAAUCAUACAUUUGUCGGUCCUAAAAGAAUACUAUCUUUUGAACAAAACCAAUUAUUAAACUUAUUAGAUAUAUAA